AUGAGUCAAUUCGAAACAAAUUCUUAAAGUUAAAUUCCAUUCCAGGAAAGAAGCAAGCCUAAUUCUAAUCGCCAAUUAGGAGUAUCCAAUUUCUCAAAUGGUCAAAAUCUAAAAACCUUUGAUCAAAAUGAGUAAUUCCAUUAUAUGUAACCUUAGGUUUAUUCCGACAAGAUAAUCUCAAACUAAUAAGUAAGCUAUUUAAGGAUCUAGUUACGGAUAAUAAUAGAAUAGUCCUCAAGUUUUCCAAUAUCCAUAAUUCAGUUAUCCUGCGAUGGGAUAGCAAACCAUGAAAGAUCAAGAACAUGAAGAAUAGAUACAAAGAUUAACGAAAGAAAACGAAACAUUAAGGUACGCUAGUUACAGUAAUUAGAUAUUAGUGGAGAACCAUGGAAUAGGAAAACUAAAAGUUGAAAAACGAUAAGUAUAAAAUUUUCGUAUAAUAGUAAUCAAUUCAGUAAUAGAGACAAGAGUUAUAAUGCAGAAAUCCAAGGAUUGCAGUAUGAUUAAAUGAAUAUUUUAGGGAUCAAAUAUAGCAAUUAAAAACUGAAAAUAAGAGAUUAAUGAAUACUAUUUAAGAAGAUCAAUAUUAGCUUUUAGAUUUAUAAAAAUUAAAGAAGCAAGUAGAAUUAAACAAAGGACUUGAAAAUGAGAUAUCUGAUCUUGAAUAAUAGCUUUCAAUGGCUAACAAGCAACUCUAAGAACAAAAACGAUUAAAUUCUUUUUCUGAAGGCGAGAAAUAAACUUAAAAAGAAACAAUAGAAAAGUUGAAACAAUAGGUCAAAGAUUUAACCUAAAAUAACGAAGGUCAGAGUUCUAAGAAUGAAUCGCUAUUAAAUGAUAACAGAAAGAUGAAAUAAGCUUUAGACAUGAUUAAUAAGGAUUUGACAAAUGAAUAGGAAUAAAACAAAUUGUUAAUCUAAAAAAUCAAUCAAUUAAAUUAGGGAUCUAAAGAUUAGAUUAAUAAUCUUUAAACAAAUCUUACCAAUCUCAAUUAUUAGAAUGAGUAAUUAAAAAAUUAAGUGGGUUUACUCCAAUAAAAAGAAAAAGAAUUGUAAAAUGCGUAGAAUUUAAAUCUAUAAAAUGAAGGGAAGUUAAGACAGAUGCAAUAGCAAAUUUCUGAUUGUAAGUUAUAUUUAAAUUUUAGAAUAAAGAUAAAUUGAACAAUUCACAAUGACAGUAUAAGCAGGAAAGAAUGAAUAUUCAAAGCUGGCAACAAAAUGUUAAUCCUAAGAACAAGAUAUUUGGAAGAUGAAAGAGUAAAUCAACUAAUUAACUAACCAAAAUCAAAUUUUACAAAAUAAGUGUUAUCAACUUGAGAGAACUAUUGAUGAUAGUUUAUCAAAAUCAUAAAUAUAGUCAGCUGAUUUGAAAGGAAGUCUUGAUAAAUGGAAAAACUAUGGUUUAUAACUUGAAUAAGAAAUUAAGAAAAGAGAAAUGGCUUUAGUACAAUUAGAAAUUCAAUAUGAACAUAUGCAAAGUCAAUUAAAAGCUUCUUAAGAUAAUGAAGUUCAACUCAGAAACGAAAGAGUGGCUACAAUAUAAAAAAUGAAAGAAAUGCAUGAUGACUUACUUCUGUAUGAAAAAAAAUGUGAUUAAUUGGAAGGAGGUAAGCUUAUUAAGAUUUUUAGAAAUUUAACUAUUGUAAGAGUAAAACAAAUGUAGCCAAUAAAAUCAAGAUAGAUUAGAGUAAGACAGGCAAUAGUUAAAUUUUGAAGUGAAAAAUUUGAUGGAGGAAUUACUCAGAACAUAAAAUUAAAAUGAUUUAAAAUACAGAGACUACGAUAAUUACUAAAUGAAAAAUGACUCCAGUCAAAAUUACAAAGAUAGAGUAUAUUAGAAUUUACAAUAAUAGAACAACAUGUUCUAAGAUAAAAAUAAUUAAUUCGUAAAUGAUUCACCUAAGAAAAAGGUAUUUCUGUUUCAUUACUUUUUAGGAACAAUUAUAUUAAAUAGAACCUAGAUUGAGGAAUUUAGAGGGUGAUAUUCCGAAUCCCUAAUUUAACUAAACUGUUAAACAACAAUUUUAAUGGAACUAAGAAGCACCUAUCAAUUAGAUAGAAUUUACUGAAAAUAGCCAAAUUUAUUCAGGAAUUAACCAACCUUAUACUAAUCAUUCUGGAUAUUUGAGCCCUAAAUAAAAUAAUUAUGGUGUACAAUAGGCAUAAUAGCAUAAACCUACAGAAGUGUAAAAUUCACCUUCUCAAGUUAAUUAAAAACCAGAGCAUAAGCGUAAUAAUUCUUAGUAGAUCAUUAAAAGCAAAAACUAUGAUUUAAGGUUUUAAAAUCAACCACAACAAUGA